UAUUGUGAAGAACAGCAGGGGAUCAUCUUGUGCUCAUUUCCAUACGUGUAUUACGAGCUGAGAUAAGGAAGAGUGCGCAACAAGUAUUGUAAGUGAAUGUGUAUAUGUAUACAAUAACGACAAUUCUAUGUCGUAUUUAUUCGAGUGUCAAUUGGAUAUACAUAGCAAAGUUGUAAAUAACACCUUGAUGGAUAAAUCAUUUGGAAGAAUCAUCAUAGAAUAAAGCAGUAGAAAACGUGAACACGUUGACGGCUUUUAAAUAACACAUGGGCGUGAAAAGAAAUCAAGUUCGCCAAAUACAUAAAUCAUUUUUGUGGUUAAGUUCGCAAGGGCGUUGUUUAGUUAUAUUCUAAGUACAAAGAAUGGGUGUGAUCAUCAGUGGAACGUGUCUUUUGUAGUCAUUUAUAUAGGAAGGGUGUUUUAUCUUUCUUACUCCAAGGCUUCGAACGCAAGAUAUUGUUGCUAACGCGCUGUCUCUGUCAUUAUUCACCGGAAGGAAAUAAUUCUCCCAAAACGGAGCGCCAUAAAAUAACAAAAAUUCAUGCUAAAAUGAGUCUUAGCAUAACCAAGUUCUUCUCUAAGAAGAAAACUCCUCCAAUAGACAACGUUGUUGGGGAGAUUGGACCUCCAACCAAUGUUUCACAUAAAUUUCACGUCAUUAAAAAUGCCGAAACUGGACAACUAGAAGGAUUACCUGAUCCUUGGAUACGUUUACUCAACACUCAAAUAUCUAAAUCAGAGCAAGAUUCUCAUCCAGACGCAGCCCUUCAAGCAAUCAAAUUCUACAAUUAUUCAAUUAAGAGGAAACCUCAAGAAGAAGUAUUUAAGCCUCUUGUUACAGAAGAUUUAAUCAAAGAGGAGUCACAAGAAAUUGAUAAGAUCUUAGCGAAGAAAUAUCAGUCCGGUGACUCAGACUGCUCCAACUCUGCUAGUUCAACUGAUAGUCAAGUUCAAAGAUUACCUGAGUUACCUCCACAAUUGAAGAAACCACCAAAACCAGCACCUAGAAAGCGUAUAGAACGAGUAGAGAAGACUCUCACAGAAAUUUUAGAAGAUCUCAACUCAUACCAAAUAGAUGACAAUAAUUUUGGAGAAGACAAGGAAAUUAAUGAAGAAGAGAGUCCUGUUUUACGUAGGAAAACUUCAUGUUCUGUAGGACGCAUGAAUGAUGAAGAAGUCUAUGAAGAGUUGAGAAAGAUUUGCCAACCUGGUGAUCCGAAUAGACGCUUUGAACUAACAAGAGAAGUUGGAGCUGGUGCUUCUGGAAAAGUAUUUAUUGCUACUGAUUUAAUUGAAAACCAAAGGGUAGCAAUAAAAGAUAUUGAUUUAGCUAAGCAGCAAAAGAAAGGAUUAAUCCUUACAGAGAUAAAAGUAUUGAAGGAGUUUCAUCAUCCAAACCUUGUCAAUUUUCUGGAUGCUUAUUUACUUGAUGAACAUCUCUGGGUUGUAAUGGAACUCUUAGAAGGUGGUGCUCUUACCGAUGUGGUGACUGAAACUGUGAUGAAAGAAGCUCAGAUUGCAGCAGUAUGCCGAGAAGUAUUGAAAGCAAUUAGCUUUUUGCAUUCUAAAGGAAUUAUUCAUCGAGAUAUUAAGUCUGACAAUGUUCUUUUGGGAAUGAAUGGUACUGUGAAAGUAACUGACUUUGGAUUUUGUGCUAAUAUUGAAGGAGAUGAAAAACGACAAACGAUGGUAGGGACUCCCUAUUGGAUGGCUCCUGAAGUUGUCACAAGAAAACAGUAUGGAAAAAAAGUUGACAUCUGGUCUUUAGGCAUUAUGGCAAUCGAAAUGAUUGAAGGUGAACCACCUUACUUAAAAGAAUCACAUCUUCGAGCGUUGUAUUUAAUUGCUGCUAUUGGACGACCAUCGAUUCCUCGAUGGGAUACGCUUAGUCCUACAUUACAAAAUUUUUUGGAAAGAUGUCUCACAGUUGAAGUUGAUGAACGAGCUGAUGCUGAUGAAUUACUUGCACAUCCUUUUUUAGAAAAUUGUGCUAAACUAUCAACACUUACACCACUUAUUCGAACCGCUCAGCGACUUCUUCAAAAAACAUUUUGAUCAAUUGAUUAUUCCUGUAAGGCAAUUAUUAUAAUGACUAUCCGGAUGACAAGUGGAAUUUGUAAACCAAUUUUGUUUAAUUGUCAAUUAAUUGUCAUGUGAUUAUUAAAAAAAAAAAAUCGUACUUAUACGAGAAUUCAUCGAAGUGCCAAUUGCGAUAAAAUAUAAAAAUGGGAAAUUUUUUUUCUAUUUAUAUAAAUCUUUUCAAAAUCAAUCCAGUCUAUUUUAAUAAUAUAAACCGAUAAUAGUAGUUAAGAUUUUUAUAAAAAAUUGUUGCAAUUUUGACAUAUAUUUUUCGAUAGAUAAAAUAUAUCAAUUAAACCAAAAAAUUUUGCAUUAAGCAAAAGUAUUAAGUGAGAGGACCAAGCGUUUUUAAUAAAGUUAAGCAAAAUAUACAUCACUAGUUUUAUAAACAUUUAUACAAUCAAUUUGUAUGUUUUAACUUGUGCCUAAGAGCAUUUUAUAUUGCUCAAUCAAAUACACAUUU